AUGGGUGAUUAUGUAUUCCUGAAGGUCUCCUCAAUGAAAGGAGUCAUAAGGUUUGGGAAGGAAGGCAAGCUGGCAUCUAGAUACAUAAGACCUUUUGAGGUCAUUGAUAAAGUUAGAACAGUUGCCAACCGGUUAGAGUUACCACUAAGCCUUUCUCAUGUUCACCAAGUAUUCCACAUCUCCAUGCUGAGGAAUUAUGUUCCUAACCUUUCACAUGUGCUGCAACCAGAUGAAGUAGAGUUGAAUGAGAACCUAACCUUCGAGGAGCAGCCAGUAGCCAUAGUGGACUACCAGGUGAGGCAGCUAAGGUCAAAACAGAUCUCUAUGGUUAAGGUUUUAUGGAGGAGCCAGUCAGUGGAAAAAUGCACCUGGGAGCCAGAGCGGAACAUGCACAGCAAGUACUCGUACUUGUUCAAUAUGUAA